AUGCGAGCGUCCGGUAUUUUAAUAUUCGGUUUCGUUUCCGCGCCUUGCGGCUGGAUUCUGACCUUGACGAGUACCGUGCCACCAAACUGGCGUACUAUCCACAACAUCACUGGGCAGCCUUUGGAUAUAAUAUUGCACCAGGGCAUCUGGGAUAUCUGUAAGUCCUUGACAACAUCCAGAGACGUCCUGUGCAACCACGAGGACAUUGAAUACUUUAAUAACCAGAUCAUUGAGGUCGCGCGCAGGAUGAUGGUUGCAUCUCUGAUAGUGACUCUUAUCGGGCUUUCUUUAAUGACAGUCGGAACCACCUGCUGGACCGACACACCGAAGAUGAAGCUGGCAGGUUUUGGUGGUUUUCUCAUCUCGUGUUCCGGGAUUCUGGCAAUCAUCCCUAUCACCUGGUACAACCACAUCCUAAUGGACAUCAACGCUCCGUCUUCAGACAUCCGUAUUGGAUACUGCAUUAUACUGGGCUACACAGGAGGACUAGCAGAACUUCUUGGCGGAUUUGUGAUAUUCAUGUGGAUAUACCGAUGUUGUGGAGGAGAACAUCGUAGAGACAGACCCGAGAUAAGUAUUGAACUCGGGAAUAAGACCACCGCGCCAGGCACCGGUGGGGCUCUGAGCCGCGCAAACAGCGUACCGGUGCACACUGAGAAACAAGACCUCAACUUCUGGCGAGAAAACAGACCAAACAAUAUAUCACUCACCCUGUAAAUGUGCUCUUUUACACGUAGCUGGGUUUAGACCUACAGCUAAAGCCUUAGGGAUUAUUAGAUAUUUUCUAUAGAGAUGUUCUAUUUAAAAAGCGUAGAGCGAGCAUUUCUUAAAGGGAAUGCUAAAAAGCAUGUCUUAGUCGGCAAAAAGAUUAUAUAUAUCAGUAGAUGAUUCGUGUCCACAUUUAAGAUACAAUGUGGCUUUCUUUAGUGCACACAUUGAUCUCCAGGAAAUGAGUAAAUAAAUAAAUAAGGCCACAUGGGGCCCUUGAAGCCUGUAAAUCCACCUGUGGCACUAAAGCUUUGUAAUACGAUGUAACUUAAUGCGAGAUCUUUUCUUUCUUUCUUUCUUUCUUUCUUUCUUUCUUUCUUUCUUUCUUUCUUUCUUUCUUGUCUUUUUUAAGUAAGCCUACGAAAUAACACCCGCAGAAUUACUCUUGGAAAUGACAGGCAUGUUAACAACUACAUCUGGGA